UUCACGAGUCCCAGUGAUAACGUCAGGGUUUGAACAUGGAGAGACACAACCUGGGAAGAGAAAGGCUCAUAGUACCAACUGACUUUACUUCGCCAGCGGUCUCCAGGAAUAUCCAGAAAGAUCUGGUACCCCCAUCGCAUUUUGCAUCGAGUGUCCAGUCCGCUGGAGCACACAGAGGCGUUCAGGUCCCAGGGACAGCGCCACCCAUCUCCUGGAUGAACCCAGGCCUAACAUCAGUACCAUCAGAGGACCCCAGUCCUACCAAUCCAUGGCUCGCCAUCAGUCACGCUCAACAGGAAAUCUUGGAGCUGAGGAAGGAAAAUCAGAGGAUCAUGAUGUUACAAGGAGAUAGCACAAGAGGAAGGAUCCCUGUUGAUCAUCCAUCAGACCUCAGGGCAAGAUUUGCGGAGAGAAGUGAACAGUGGUCCAGAUGGGAGUCAGAGUGGCGUCUAGAGGCAGAGAAGCACAAGGCAGAAGCUGAGAGGUUGAAGGGGCAAGUGGAGGCCCUGAAGGAGACUGCAGAGAGACACAGGGAAGAGAUGAGAGACAGAGACAGCAGCCUGAACCGACAGAGCCAUGAGUUGGAAGCAAUGCGUGAGGAGCUAUAUAAGACUAAGACUGAACUCAGACAAAUCAAAGAGGAGCUUAUUCACAGCAGUGCACAGAAGGAGAAAAUAAGCUCUCAGCUUGAACAACUAAAGGGAGAUUCAGGUGAGGAAAUUACAAAGCUGAGGAGAGAUAUAGAGAGGAGCAAAGAGGAGGCCCGGGAGCUCGCUCUGAAGGCUGACAUGAGCAGGUUACAGGCUGAGGAGGAGGCCAAACAGCAUAUUCUUAGACUGUCAGAACAACUGGAGGAAAUGCACAAGAGGCAAGAGGUGGAGCUGCAACAGUUGACUGCUUCCCACUGUGCAGAAUUGGGUGAAGCAAGAAAAACAAACGGUGAACUACAGGACGGACUUCAAUCAAUGACCUCAGAAGUGCUGCAGCUAAAAAGCACUCUGAUGGAGGUAUCUACACAGAGAGAUGGCCUGAAAGAACAUUUAAGCCAAAUGGGACAAGCUUUUGAGACACAAUCAGCAACACUGCACAGCCUCAGAAAUUACAUCGGCCAGCUCGCCCCAGAGAAAGGAGAGAAGGAACGAUUAAAUGACGCUGUUGAGAGGCUGAACAAAGAGAAAGCAGCUCUUCAGAUGACCAACGAGCUCUUGACAGUGAGGUUGAACUCUGUGAAUGAGAUACUCACCCUACAAGAAGAGAAAAUGGUGAAGAAGACCUCGACAGGCCCACUUGUGAACAAUGGAUCUGAAGGUCUUCAAGUGCUUCAGCUCUGGAGAGAAAAAGUGUUCAAGUUAUGCGUCCAGCUUCGCUCAAAAGACAUUGAACUAAGAGGAGAGAAGGAAAAACUUAUUUCACAAGUCAGAUCCAUGGAGCAGCAGCUCCAGCAGGAGCAGCACCAGGCCAGUGUGCUCCAACACAGUCUAGAUGACAGGGUAGCUGAGCUGGACCUGGAGAGAGUGGAAAAGGAGACAUUGAAACAAGAUUUGGUCCAGGCUCACAAGGAAAGCUCGCAGCUGAAGUCGCAGAAUCAAAAAGCAGAGGCUGGAUGUAAAACCCUUACAGAAGCAGUGCACAGGUUCAGUCUGGCAUUUGAGAGCAAGGUGGCAGAAGUGGAUGCAGCUCAAACAAGGCUCAACACUUUAACCCAGAGGCUAACCUUUGCUAAACGACGAGUGGAGACAAUCCAAGGUUUGAUUAUGAGGAGGGUGGCUCUGCAGAAAGUUCAUCAGGCCAGUAAACAGGCAGAACAGGCUGCUGACAACAUCACAAAGCUCCAGACAGAGCUCAGUUUGGUGUGUGAAGAGAGAGACAAGCUCACACAGGAGCUGAAAAGAACCCCAGAGCUCAUCGAGAAAGCACUGGCUGAUCUGAAAGAACAGUAUGAGGGAAAAUUGAGGCAGCAGCAGCAGGAACAGGAGCAGUCCUGGAUGGAGGUCCGGCAGGCUGUGUCUGGCAGAGAGGAGGCCGACAAGGGCCUGCAGCAGAUCCAGGCCCAGCUGGAGGAGAGCAAAGUCAACCUGGAGAAACUCCGCUCUGAACUGCUCAGCCAGCAGGAGGAGAGCGAGCGUGCCCUGCAGGAGAGAGUGUCUGAGAUCAAGGACCGCUGUGCUGAGAAGCUGAGAGAGAUGGAGGUUCAAGUCAAUACUGCCAAGAGAGAGCACACCAAAGCAGUUAUGACUUUGCGGCAGUUUGAGAGAGAAGCAGCAAGGAAACAGGGUGAGAUGAGAGAAACUCAACAUUUGGGGAGCAAACACACAAAGAAGGAAGUCCAGAAUAAACAACUGAAGGAGACGGAGAAAGACAAAAACCUACUGCUGGCUGUUGCUGAGAGGGGGCUGAUGAGUGAGUAUACAACAGCUCACACAACCGCUCUACAAAACUCUGCUGCUCCCAGGGAACACUGGGAAAAAUCUUCAGAGAGGAGUCGCAGUGCAGUAGCAAACGUCCAACUACCUGCAGGUGAGAGACUCCUGUCUGUUUUGGAGGAGCUCCACACUCUCAGUGCUGCAGUGGUAAACAGCUCUGAGGACUCUGCGGAGGAGGAGGGACAGAGUGACAGCGUGGGACCAUCCACAGGCAGCUUGCACAGCUGAUACCUGAUGAUGAUUCACUGGAGACGGAGAACACACCUUUAAUUUGUACAAAAGGUGGGCAGUGUUCAAGCUUUAAGGAGCCAAAAAAAAAAUACAGCCAGUGGAAAGAAUUAGUUUGAGCCAAAUAUCAGAAAACCAUGCCUAUUGCUACUGGCUGUAUAAGGAGAAGAAUAGCUAUUAAGUGGAGACACAGUAUACUUACAUUUAAAUUAUUUCAAUACAUCUUGUGCGUCUGUCUGCAGGAUGAUCAACAUUUCAAUCAACAUUUUGUGCUGUACAAAUAUUUGGAAAAUCUACUCAACAAGCAAGCUAAGCUAAAUAACCUCCCCAGUAACACUAUGUUCCACACUUUCAUUUCUUUUGCUUAUUUUAAAUUAUAUUUGGCUUUAAACUUGGCCCCAGAAUAGAUUGAAUUGUGCCCACUGAAUUAUCGAAAUGCUUUAAAGUUUAAAAUCACACUUUGCCAAUCUUUAUAUUCAGAGAUAGAAGAUAUAUUACAGAUAAAAGAGUUUGUGUUUAUAAAAAAUAACUGAACAUAUGGUGAUGACUUUAAUAAAUGCAAUCUGUCAGAUAAAAAUACAGCUGGCAUAGCGCUCGUGAAUGAAAGUCUGUUCUGUUGACUUUGAUCCUACAAGUUUAUGUGAUGGUCCAAGUAUUUCUUUUUUAUGAGGAAACGUCUUUCUUUAUUUUCAAUAAAGUAUUUUUAUAUUGCAAUUCUGUGGUGUUCAGCAGCAUUUUGGGAAAUAUCGAUAAAGCAAUUUAUGAUUUGAUAUGAAUCUCAAUUCACUGCUCAGUGAACACUAAGCAACUUUUUAAAUAACGGUAGAUUAUUGAAAUUUAAAUAACAAAUACAGGAGUUUCUGAGGUUUAUAGUUAGCUGAGAAGGUUGACUUUGUUAUGGUAAAGAAGGUUUUAAUGUGACUGGUUUCUCUUAAUAUUACAUAGGGACAGUUGGGAGAACUUAUAUAAUUUCAUAUUGGAAAAAAAUCAAUAUUUUCAAUUUGAAGUUCCUUUUAUAGAGGUCAGUUUUAGAAUGACGUAAUCAUGAGAUGGAUGAUGAUAAACCUCAUGAUAAACCAGAUAAUUGUGCUAUUUGUCAUGUUGUCAUAAGUGCUAAUAAAUUUUGCAAUAGUUGGAAGUUUCAAGCCUCUAGGUAAAACCAUCUCAUGGAGAACUGAGGGAGAGCAGAGUGAAAAUACUAAUAAAGUCUAGACUUCCCUACUCUUUUUUUUCUAAAAGCAUCAAAAAUAAUUUGCAGGUACACACUCAUAGCUGGAAAAGGUGAUUCAUCAUGGCAAGCAGAGGAUGAGUGCAUCAAAUUAAUUAAAAAAUAAUAAUAUUGGAUUUCAGCAGUGUGCUCUUACUGCUUCAGAGUCUGCAAAUCAGCAUGUUAACAGUUUGCCCGUAACAUUUGAAUUUGUAUAGUAAGCCUCUGAUACAAAAAUCUGUGUGAUCGAUGACAAACUGAAGGAAUCAUAUAUGGUCUGAACAUACAUGCAUCAUCCUGAUCAUUUUAAGGUAAUGUGCCAUCUUUGAUCAUCAGUCUUUUUGCGUGAUGCACUUUAGAUAUCACACCAUGCAUUAACAUCAUACAUUUGUGGCAGGAACAGUAUCAUAUGAAUAUUACUGUAAACAUUAAUAAUUCAUGUCCAUGAAAUUAUGUCAUGGUAGCAAAUGUUUGAGUAGGCCUACUACAAGAAUCAGUAUUAAAAGCAAAUCAUGAGUCCUUAUGUGCAGUUCAAAACCAGCAGAGGGCGAUGUUGUCAAAGGUGAGAGCAGCACAUACAGGGAUUUCAAGCAUCAUUUUGGGCUGUACAAGAACAGUAUCAUUUCUAAAGGUUGUUGUUUCUUACCUGAAACUUUAAAUUAUCUUGUGAGUGAGGCUGGUUAAGUGCAGAAAGAAUGUCUUAUCUCUCAAUAUUUCACUUAAUUCUUGAAUCAACCUGAACAGAAAACCUUCCUGAACCACUUAAUCCUUUAGUAUGUUUUUCCACAAAUGGCAAACAAACAAGAGAACAGGAUUCUGGUGGAAAAACUCUGAAACAUCUUGCUCUGUACCAUCAAUGUGCAAAAAAAUAAAUGUUACAAUAUACGGCCCGAAUAUAAGCAUUUAUACAGAGCCUUUGCCUCAGCAGUGUGGAGAGAACAGCCAGACCGUGGUUAACUGAUGAAUAAUUUAGGAGAGCAUUGCAAUCCAGACAAGAUGUGAAAUAAAUGAGGUAAUAAAAACCGAUCAAUGAGCUCCAGACAGAUUUUUAUUAACAAUUCAGAAUUAAUGACAUGUAAAAUUAGUGGUUCAAACAAACAAGUGCUAUCCCAGUGUGUUUAUACAUAUCUGACUCCAAGCAGCACUGGAGCUGAAAAUGUGUGUACUUGAAGAAGCUUGACAUUUCAGG